GAUGAAUUUGCCGCAAAAAGCUCCAACAUCGCAUGUGUAUGUGGUGUGUAUGUAUGUGUUUGUAAGCACAAAAGUAUCCAUUCGCCGAGCGCGCGGAGUGCACAUUCCGAUGGAGCGACUAGCUUCCACAGCAGCAGCUGUUGGUCGGCGCUGACAGUCUCAGCACAAACGCGACGCGGCAUGGUCGGCAACGGAUGUGAGUAAAUUACCAUAGAGUGGAAUAGUAAUACAUAUGUAAGCAUACUUUUAACGCGUCACUAUCAUAGCGGUCACGGCGUUAGUUUGACCAUUCAAGUCAAGAUUCUUUGAUACAACGACACUUCUAUGUAUGCAUGUAUAUAGUAACGGCAAGCAAUUACCUGAACAUGGAACGAACGGCGCGCGUUUUGAGUGACAGCAGAAUAUAGAGACAAAACAGACGGCGACGUCAACGAGCAUGCAGACGUCGACGGCGACGCUACUAUCAUUAAUCGGUGGAGAUGAUGUGAGCGCAGACACUUGCUGUGCGAAGCGAAUCGAAGAAAAUUUUGUCAAAAAAAGUAACAAAAAACAUAAUUGGGAAAAUCUGUUAGCCGAAACACUCGUACAAUUUUCAAUAAUUCCCAAAAUUCACUGUGAAAAACUCGUUCACGCGUUUUUACUUAAUUAAAAUUUGUUAUAAGAAAAAAAUAAACUAAUAAUAUUAAUAAAUUACAACAAUAAAAGUUUCCAUGAAAAUUUGCAAAAAAUAACAAUUGUUGCGAAUGAAACAAGCAAAAACAAAAAAAAAAAAAAAAGUAGAAAGUGGUGAAUGGUGAAUGUUGCUAAAUGCUUUCGAAUUGGAAGUGGAAAAUAUUGAAAAGCGAAUUGUCAAUAAAAGUACGCGAAAUAAGAGAUACCAAAUUUAUAUAAAAUAAAAAAAAUUACAAAAAAAAAAAAUACAACAGCAAUAACACGUAGCCGUACUAAUACAAAACCCAAAAAUAAAAGCAGAAAAAAUAAAAAUAAACAAUGACACGCCUCACCGAGGAAAUGGUCAUUGCUCGCUCCAAGCAAUCUGAUUUGGGGUCCAUCAAAAAGCUCAAUUGCUGGGGAAGUGAUCUCAGCGAUGUCUCCAUAAUUAAAAGAAUGCGUGGUGUGGAAGUUUUGGCGCUAAGUGUCAACAAAAUAACCACAUUGCAACCAUUCGAAGACUGCCUAAAACUUCAGGAAUUAUAUUUGCGUAAAAACAAUAUACAGGAUAUUAAUGAAAUCGCAUAUCUGCAAAACUUACCGGUGCUCAAGUACUUAUGGUUGGAAGAGAAUCCUUGCUGUGAUCGAGUUGGACCCAGUUAUCGCCAAACAGUGCUACGCGCUUUGCCGAAUCUCAAGAAGUUAGAUAAUGUGGAGGUGACGCAAGAGGAGCUCGAUGAGGCGUUGCGCGCUGGUGGUAGCGGCAGUGGCAGCGGUGGUACACGCGAGGAAGAAGACGUCUAUGAGGAUAGCUAUGCGCAACAACAACCACCGUCACGUUAUGAACAACCAUCGCCUCCACAGCAACAACAACAACAACAACAAGCGCAACAAAAUCACUACCCGCCACAAAGACAACAACAGCAGCAGCAGCAGCAACAACAACAGGCGUCACAAUAUCCACAUCAUCCGUCACCACAACAGUAUCAACAACAACAACGACGCAGUUCCAGUCCAAUGAAAGAGCCCUCGACACAAAAUAGUCCGGCAAAUACUGAGGAAAGCGCCAGCGAGCCAAGCAAAAGCAACGAGGUCUCAAAACCGGCCUCACCCGCACAGGAGCCAGUUGCGCAUACACCCUCACCGAAAUAUAAUUCAUACACGAACGUGAAUCGGUUGUCUUAUCAUCAAUAUGAUCAGCGCUCCCCAGGCUCGGACCAGGAUAGUCCGCAUGUGGGGUAUCGGGAACGUGCGCCCAUACCGCCUAGCAUAUCCACACAAUCGAUGAAGGAAUACUAUCAGUCUGACCGUCCGUCCUAUCCUGCCCAUUAUCGUCACAGCCAAACCGAUCUGACCGAGUGGGAGGAGCAUCAGCAGCACAAUCAAUUUGGUAGCACAGCUGCGCUGCAACAUGUGGGUGGUCCACGUCGCGGUGACGUCAGCGACCGUUAUGCGUAUCGAAAUGGCAGCGCGCGCGAAAAUGGCGGCGAUUGGGAGGAAGCGGAACGGCCGCGACCCAGGCGGCCCGAUGGACGCUACAGUGACUCUGCCAGCACCGUCUCAACAGCUGUACUUAAUCAUUAUUCGGGCUAUCAUAGACGUCCCAUAAAUCGGAGUUCCAAUUUGUUAUCAGCAACGCUGUGUCUCGUCAAGGAGCUGGACUACCCGAGUCUGGAGGUGGUGGAGCAUGCAGUGCGUUGUCGUAUUGAUGAGCUCUCCGCCGAUUGAUGAUGAACGCGCCGCAUGCCAUCCUACUGAGGGAUGCGGCGGCCACAAUGAAGCGCCCUACUAGACACUUGCCAGUGGAACUUCGAAACAAAACAACAACAAAGCAAAAAUGUAAAACAAAAACGAAAGAACUGAAUGGUGUGGACCAUCAAGUUGGCUACGAAGAAAUGAUAAAAGAGACAAGAGCGAUGGACUGUUAAUACUCACGACCUGAUGAUGGGCAUGACACCAUAAAUUGGCCACGAAGAUUAAACUAAUUUAAUAUAUUUCUUGCGAUUAACUAAACUUAAGUAAUUUUACUAAAAUUUUUGGUUUAAUAUUUUCUUUGUUUAACGGUAUUUAACUCGUGCAAAAAUGCAAUGUAAUUAAAGAAAUUUGUUGAUUUCUAACAAAAUUAGUAGUUAUGGUUGAAAUAGCUAACUUUUGAAAAGUGAAGGUGCAAUAAUGAAGAUGUUGGAAUUGUUGAGCGAAAUGGUUAAGAAAUUCGCUGCCGAAAUUUAUGUACAAUAAUGGUUAAAUGUAAACGAAAUAAGGUUUUAGUACGAAAACUGUAGAAAAAGAGAAUAAAAACAAAACAAAAUGCAAUUGAAACAGACUUGCCAAUCAAACACACAGACAUACAAAUAAACUUAAAUAGCAUACAAAUAUAUAACUUUUAUAUAAAUUUAAAUUUUAUUUAAAAUUAAAAUAAUAGAAAAAUUGCCAAUGGAAUUCAACGAACUUUUGAAAACCAACAAAAAAAAAAAUAAUAAUAAUAAAAAUCUGUAUGUAUGUAAACAUAUGUAUGUGUAAUAGUAAAUAUGUAUAAAUAGGCAUUUGCUAAAAGUUGAAUAAAAAACAGAAAUUGUGUGUAUUUUGAUAUUAUACAAUUUAAGCUAAAAUAUUUACAUACAUAUAAUCAAGAAGAAGCAUUUUUCGAGGUGAAAAACUAACAAACAAGGAAAAAGAAAAUAAUUCAAAUAGUUAAUAUUGCAAAAUAUUACAUAUAGACAUAUGUAUAUACGAUAUGUGCAUGAGUUGCAUUAAUUUAUUAUAUGUUGCUUAAAAGUGCUUAGUAUACAAAAGACAUAUGCGUAAACGCUUUGCUGUAUUUUACUGUACUUAAACAAAUUGUUAUUGAACACGCACACAUCACAAAUAUUGAGAAAAGUAUAAUCCCGAUUUUCUUUGAGAUUUACGAAAUCUCUUCGUUAUGCUCUAUUAAGAAGAAGUCUUUUAGUCACAUUUCGUUUCGUUUUGCUUUUCUUUCACAAAAGACAUUACUAAAUUUUAACCAAUUAUUUAAUUUAAGAAAAAUAUUUACUUUAAUGUAACGCUUAUGACCUCUUGCUAACGUCCUUUUUAUGUUUAGAUAUACUAUAACUGAGAAGAUUUUUUGUAAACUAACGGCUUCCGGAGAGAUGUGAAAACGUAAACAAGUAAUAAAAAAUACGAAAAUUUAUUAACAUAA